GUCAGCUUCCGAUCGUGACCAGCUGGAUUCAAAUGCAGCUGACCUUUCAAUGGGGCGAGGUCCUGAUGUGAGAGAGAGAGGGGAGCUAAGACACGAGCUAGGUUGUUCUGCGAAGAUCCAUCACGAGGUGCAUUUGAUUGAUGAGAAGGGCAUCUUAGUUUUGCUUGAUGCAAUGCAUCUUAAUUACUUAGUUGUGAGGACCUAGCAUGGGGCUGAUGCUCACAAAAGUUAGCAGCUUAGGUCUUUUGUUGCUCUUCCUGAAUUUGAUUAGCACCAUUUGCAGCGCAACCGAAAUAGCGAACCUUGAAGGGGAGGGUGGACUCCAGACAAGCUCAACGUUUUUCAAUUCAAGCCGCAAUCAUUUUAGCAAGAGCUAUAUGAUGGAGGGGAUGGUAGGCGAGAGUGGCGGCGUCCCGGAUGCAUUCGUCACCAGCCUGGCCAUGAUACUGGUGACGGAAGUCGGGGACGAGACGUUCAUCAUUGCUGCCCUGCUGGCAAUGCGGCACUCGCGGGCCAUUGUGCUGGCAGGGGCCCUCAGCGCUCUUGUUGUGAUGACUGUCCUGUCAACCGCUCUAGGAUUUGUGUUGCCCAACGUCAUCUCAAAGAAGCACACAAACAGGGCUGCGACAGUUUUGUAUAGUUUCUUCGGUCUGCGUCUCCUGUACAUAGCAUGGAGAGCAAAGGGUGGAGCCGCUCCUGUGAAUGAGGAAAUCGAAGAAGUAGAAGAUAAGCUGGGAACUGGUGUACAGAACAAGUCAGCUACCAGGCGGUUCUUUGCGAGAUUGUUUACUCCAGUGUUUCUGGAGGCGUUCAUUCUUACAUUCUUGGCUGAGUGGGGUGAUCGAAGUCAAAUUGCAACCAUUGCGCUUGCUGCUCACAAGGAUCCGGUGGGUGUGACGGUGGGCGCGAUACUGGGGCACACAUUGUGUACCUCUUUAGCGGUUGUGGGAGGCAGGUUGUUAGCUAUGCGGAUAUCACAACGAACUGUAGCGGCCAUUGGGGGCUUCCUUUUCCUUGGUUUUGCUGUCCACUCACACUUCUACCCACCUCUCAGCUAGGAGCUUUACUGACGUACGACCAACAGAUGGUGAGCUUCAGCGAUAUUGUUAAAUCGAAGGGUAUUUGUGUAAACAGAUUUCCUUUUUCAGUUUGAACCCGCCCAUGAGAGACUUUGCCCGGCCAGCCUGUUUGCACUUUUGACGGUUCAAACCCGGACUACUACCAAGUCAAGUUCCCCGAUAUACGGGGACCUCAACCGAGUACCAAUAAAACUUCUCAAGGUAAGC